GGCUCAGUAGUAUCCCAGCAGUCAGUCAGCCGCGCGAGCUCAAAGGUCCUCAUUGAGCUAUCUUUUAUCUCAGCCUCCUGCCUGUUUCGCAUCUCUGUUAUGACCCUGUUCAGCCCAAGAUCCAGAUAAAUGUCAAAGAUGGAUGGGAGUGAUGUGAACGGCAGGAGGGCAAAAUUAAAGGUGAACAGCUGGUUCGCGAUGGCAGGCCCAAUCAACGACACGACCAUGAGUGGAGACCUCAAGUCAAGUCGCUCCAGGGCAGCAAGUAAACGGGCCAGCAACACCACUUAUGGGAACGAGCUUGACCUGGAUGACAGCUACGAGGACUACUAUGACAGGGUGUAUGACUACCAGCGUGUCCCCGCCUCCCUGUCUCCCCUGCCUUCAAUGGGACCGAGUCUGCCCAAACGAUCCCGCUCUUCCUCCUAUUCCUCCAAGCACAGACGCAGUCGAGACAGAACCCAUUCCAAAAGCUCCAGAGCCCACUCCACGAGUUCCACCACAGCCAAGUUGGACAUGGAGGAGUUGCAAGUGAUUAAAAAGGAGCUGACUCUGAUAAAGACACAGAUCGAUGGGCUGCUUGACAGUCUUGACAGGAUGGAUACACACACAGGUGAACAUAAAGGCUCCUCUUUGAGGGAGGAUAGUCCAUCUUGCUCGCUGUACGCCAGCAGUCCAGAGCACUCCCUUUCUUCCCUCUCCCCACCCAGCUCCCGCCAUCAAAUCCACAGGGAGACCGCAGUACCGAGAGGGCCCAAUGAAAACCACCAUAUGAUGAACAAUCACAGCUCAGACUUUGAGGAAGAAAUAUGAGGAUUGAAGAGAACAAAGUGCAGAAGACACAGAUGGAGUAACAAAUGUUGUGGAAGAGAACAGCAAAUGAUCAAGCCAAUAUCUUUAUUCCACUGGGAGUGCACAUAUCAAACAACACUGUAAAUUUGACUUGUUUCUGCAGCUAUAUCUGUAUUUUAGAGGGGGAAAAAAGCAACAACACAAAUGGAAAUAUAUUCAUACAUGCAAAAGAGAAGAUGUUUUAGGAUGGACUGAGCCGGAAGGAGUUAAAUCUUAUUAUUUGUAUUGUACUGGUAGUUGUGAAAGACAGCUGGAGGCAGAAUCCUGCAACCGUUUGCAUUCCUAUUGUGCUGUGCCACUGUAUUUACAUGAACACUAAUGCUCCCAAAUAAAGUAACGCAGCGUUAAUCCAAAUGAGGUAUUGGAAUCCCCUGGUAAGAACGUCAAAAUAAUCUGGUUCUAAUUUCUGUUUAUCACAAUCAUUUAAGCCUUCUUUUGAAUGCCGUUGAACAUGUCAGGCAAGAUCAUACAUGGCAAUUUUUUGCGUGGCUAAACGGACAAGAAUGUUUCUGCUGUCUCGUGGGUUUUACUUGAGCAAGGACAGAAAAAGAAUGAUUUAAAAGGGUCCUCAGUUUAGACGUUAGUCCAUUUAACUGAAUGAGGAACACAUGAUGUUUAAAUAAUGUGUGCGCCUCACAAACUUAGUAUUUUCAAAAUGCAGUAUGAAUGUACUGUUUACAUGGAAACUAAUUCUCCGUCACUCAAACGCACAUGCCAUACAUUUAGGUAUUGAAUCUCACAGUGCAAAUAAUUUAUAGAGAUGAGUCACUCACAUGGCAAUUACCGGUACUCAACAAAGAGGGCAAUUCUGUUAUUCUGUAUGUAUUAGUAUCUGCCAGUUUGGAGUCAUUUUCAUAUUUUUAAAGAAUUAUGAAAAUGCUACAACUCUCCUACACUGUGACUUUGGCACAGUCGCGUCAAAGUUCUGUGACCCAGGUCAGUGUGUAAUUUUGUGCAUUAUUGUAAAGUUAACUGUAAGUGUUCAACUGUCUAAUUUCACUUUUGCUUUAUUUUGUACCAAAAAAAUCUGUACAGAAAACAACUGUUAUUAUAACUUAUAUGGUGUUACAUGUAUUUUGUCGCCAUUAUUCAGAUGAGCCAAGUGGAAAAUACUCAUUGUCACUAGUAAAGGUAUUUUCAUAUUGACUACA